UGAUAAGAAUAAUGAUAAGGUGGAGUUUCAAAUUUCAAUGAAAAUUGAAAACUUUGAAAGUUCAAUGUUGUUUUUUGGAACUUUCUUGUUAAAUUUGAAAAAAAUGUCGACCGUGAUGAUAGUUUUAAAUUUAUGACCGAGUUCCGUAGCUCUUAGGUGAUAAUUUUUUUAAAUGUAGUUGAAUCCAAAAAUGACCCACUAUCGGCCAUCGCUGGUGAACAAUUCGCAGUAUUCCAAAUAUUUUCAAAUUAUCUACACGAAAUAGGUAAAUCUUGAAUAAUGGAAUCUUCAACUAGCAUGGUAUGCCCUGUUUGCUCGUUAUACCUUCGAGAAGGUAUUUCGCUCAAGAGUCAUUUACAAACGCAUUCGAAAGAUAAAGUUAUCGAAGCUCUGCUCAAUAAGCAGAUUUCUGAUGGUGCUACUUCAGAUACAGAUGCGUUGGCUUCGGUGAUCCGAGAUUCGACACCGAUAUCUUUAUCGUCGGAAAAUGGAGUCAAGAGUCAUGGUCACAAUACUUUAUCAGUUUUACCCACUCCGACGUACGUACAAGCUCCCAAUCAGUCAUCUUCGGCUUUAAACUGCAGCCAAAGUAUACCUUCGGGUAUUCAAUACAUGCCUACAUUGGGUAAUAAUGUAAUAUCGACGCAGACGAUGGUUGGUAACUCGUGUCAGUCAAAUUUAACGUAUCAACAAUUCGUUACGAAUGACGGAAACAUCGUGUUGAUUCCAAUGUACACGCCGCAGCCACCGGUGAUGGUUUCUAAUAACUAUUCGUGCAUCGUGGUGCCACCAACGCCUGCCAACAAUGUAGCUCCGGUCACCGUACUAGAUGCUGGAGUCACUCACGACACAGCUAGGAUAAUUGUGUCUCCACCAUGUGUAACUUUGUUGGAAACGAGUUCGUGUGAUUUGCCUAAUGAAGGGAGCUCUCCGCCGCAUAGCUCGUCAAUUGUGCCGAGUCCGACUAACGAUUACGAGAAUGAAAACGACGCCGAAGUUGCUGAUAUAUUUCAAAUGCCCGCUGCUACUACCAGUUCAGUAGUUCAAAGGGUGGUUAACGACGAGGCUGUGCAAUCUACUGCCACUGUGAUGACAGAUGUAGACAUAGACGAUAAAUCAAGCUGCCUAUCUUACGAUCACGUCGAAGAAGAUCGUAAUAUUUAUUCGGUCGUCGGUACUCCGUUUUCAAGCCGAGAUUACGAGAACGACUCGGAACCGUCGCCGGAUAUCUCUAUUAUUAAACUACAUACUGACCUGAAUUACGAAAAUGAAAACUCGGAUUAUUCUCCGGAACCUGAAGCAGAAGAUUCUCUAAAAUCCGAUGAAGGCGAGUUCGACAGAUGCGAACACAGUUACGGUAAAAGUUCCAAACCUCUCGUGCCGAUCAUCGACAGCAAAACGUUCACUUCUCCUAUUCACAGCCCUGCUCCGAUGGAGGAUUCUCAUCGAAACGGGCAAUUCGAUUUCAUCGUUUCAAAUUCGGACAACGCGACGCAUAUUUUACCCCAUCGACUGGACGAAUCGGGCACAUCGACUUCGAAGAAUUACGAAAAAGAUCGUUAUAUUUUGCCCAAUAACGAUAUUAUACCCAGAACGUCGCCGGUAAACACCGAUUAUAGUUUUAUCGGGCUGAGGAGUAGCUUUUCCACGUCAGCUUCUCUGAUUUCAUUCGUCAACAAAACCGUGUUCGCCGACGUCGAUGUAUACGCUGUCGAGAAAAACGAUAAUGCGAACGAUUUCUACACCUCGCAACAAAAGACGACCACCGCUACCGAGGAGGAAAUCAGAGAGAAUUACAAAGGAAUAAACGAACUGCUGUUGGAUUCUGCCGGUAGCUCUCGUAUUAGCCCUUUCGAUAUUCGAACCGACGAAAGUAUGCCAGCUCGAGGAGAAUUAUCAGGACAAGAGAGUCUCAGCGGUACCGAGAAUUCUAUUUGGGAAUUGCAGGUGCAGCGAAACUCGUACGCUCAAGAGUGUAACGUUCCGUUCGAAAAUGAAAACGCCGAUAUGAAGAUUGAACUGCGAUCAUUGAUGACUGAAAUUAAUAUCAAAAUGGAUGCGGAUGCGUUCAGAAACGUCCAGCCUGUUUCUGUCGUACAAGAUAGUAAACUAGUUGUUCAGAAAUUGUUCAAGAAAAAAGUCACUCGAGAAUUUCGAUGUUUCUUCUGCAAGGAUAAAUUCGAGACUUGGAAAUCACGUCAUUUGCACAUUUCCAACGUACACGCCGAACAAGACGGUCUAACCAUUGAAUUCCUGUUCGGUAAAAAGGUGAAAUUAGAAGAAGACGAAGACGUAGCGAAACUCGAAGAAGACGACGCGACCGACUCGGCUGCCAGCAACGAAAUCAUCACUUGUCGCAUUUGCAGCGAAAAUGUCUCAACCAGCGUAUCGUUUUUGGAGCAUCUCAGGUUCGUGCACGGUAUCAAAAGGCGUAAUUGCGUAUGCCCCACGUGUUUGGUGGAUUUCGGUAACCUGGACGACUACCAAGAACAUAUCCAAAGAGUACACCCGUACGAAUGCAUGACCUGCGGUAAGAAAUUCCACACUAGACCGGGCUACAUGCUGCAUCAAAAACGUCACAUGAAAGUUAAACCUUACGGUUGCGACGUGUGCGAUAAAUCUUUCGUAACCAAACAAAAGCUCGUCGAACAUAUCAACGUGCACACGGGCGAAUCUCCGAUCAAAUGCGAUAUGUGCGAUUCGACAUUCAGACGGUAUUCCAACUACCAGCAGCAUAAGAAAUUUCUGCACAUGAAUACGAAACGUAAAUUAAAAGACUUCAUAUGCGAUUGCGGAGACAUAUUUCAUAGCAAAACCAAGCUACUGUGGCAUCGCGAAAUACACGACGCCAAACCGAAGCAGUGCCCGUUUUGCGUGGAACGUUUCAUACAUACGGCCAGCCUGACCAGGCACGUACGUAAAUGGCAUAAUGAGAACUAUUUGUCCGAUUUGGUCGAUAAGAAGAAGAUGAAAAACGUCGUCUGCCCAGUUUGCAAUAUCACUUGUCUGCAUACGUCGUUGCAGACUCACAUGAAGAUUCACCAAGGCGUUAAACCGUUCUCUUGCUGCGAAUGCUCCAAGACUUUUCGAACCAAAUGGAACUUACAGCUGCAUCGCUGGACCCAUAUGUCCAGAUCGUCAAAACCGUUCAAAUGCAAGCUGUGCGUCAAAGCUUAUAUCCAUAAGACCGACUACGAUGCGCAUCUCAGGUCGCAUAGUAAUUGUAGACCAUACUCGUGUAACGUAUGCGGGCGUCAGUUUAUUCGCAAGUAUAAUUGUAUUCGACAUAUGCGAGAGCACAAGGAACCCAGAUCGUACGAAUGUAACAUUUGCCAGAAAAUGUUUUCACGCAGCUAUUACCUGAGUGAGCAUCUUAAAACGCAUACCGGAGAGAAGCCUCAUACGUGUCACGUGUGUGGUAAAACCUCCGCUACCAAGUCGAAUCAUAAUAAACACGUCAAGAUGCAUAAUAAUAUCAGAGAGUCGCUCAAUACCGAGGGUUAGAAGUGACCCUGCGGUUGAUUUUAUUCCCAACGAUGAUCCGAACGAGACUGAUUGUGUUCGGUGUAGAAGUUUUUUAAAAUUCGCGACCAAUAUUUUUUUUUUUAAUUUCUAUUGGACGAUAGCUGAAUGCCACUUCCAUGGAACCGAUUUUAUUUUUACAAUCAUCGUAUCGAGUGUUCUGAACAUCACAAAAUUGGUUUUCUAGUCCGGAAAAUGGCAAUAGGAAUAAUAUUAUACCCCCCCCCCCUCCUCGACAACCUUUUGGGACAACUUUUUUCUUGAAGGGGAUAUUCUGAAGAACAGUUUAAAGCAAACUUUCCAAAAAAAUUGGCCUUACUUACAAAAUGGCAGCCAUUUUGAUUGGCAGGGCGGCUAUUACCGAAAUAUUUUUGCCUCCGCAAUCGACGUAAUCGAACGCAAUGAACGUUACAAGAUUGCGUCGUUUGCGUCGAUGAAAACCAACCGUGUUGAGCGUAAUGUGCGUUAUUUUAAUAUUUGUUUAUAAAAGCCCAAUCAACAAUUAAAAUUUCUUUUUUUUCAAGAUAACGCCAAUAAUUUGCAACGCUCAUUACGUCGAUUGCGGAGAUUGCGGAGGCAAAAAUAUUUCGGUAAUAGCCGCCCAGGUCAACCGAAAUUGCAGAUUUUGCCUUCCAGCAUAGGACUUGCACGAAAUGUUCAAAUUGGACAGAGCUAGAUCGAAAGAGCAUGCAAAAAUUCAUCACUAGCCAAAAUUUCAAGUGCUGAAGUGUAUUUUUCGAUUUUUGGUGAAUUUUUGAAAAUCAAAUUUAGGCCAAAUAUGAGGGGAAAAAAUCAAAAUUUUACCAAAUUGACCUAGAAAGCUGAAAUUUGGCAUAUACCCUAUUUUCGACCUGCCAAAUCGACUGGAAACUGUUUCAAUCCGUUUUGAGCAAUGCUGGAGCCUCCAGUAGAUUUUUGAAACUCGGAAUUUCCACAAAUUUUAAUCAAAUGAAUUUGGAAAUCGGAAAUUCACGUUUCACGCUACACUCCAACUUGCACACGUUAUGAAAAAUCAUUUUUUGCCUCCAGUAACUGUUUGAAAUUCUUGGAGCCUCCAGUAGAUUCUUGAAGCGUUUUCAAGUCGUUUUGUAGCAUUUAGCAACUUUUGGAAACUACUGGAGCCUUCAGUAGAUUUUUUAAACCUGAAAUUUCUACAAAAUUUCAAGUUUCAAAAAUGUACUGGAGACUCCAGAAAUUUUCAAAAAGUCGCUGGAGGCUCAAAAAUGACACGAACUUACCAGAAGUCGACUUAAUAACGUGUUUAAGUUUGAGCGCAGCGUGAAUUUCGAAUUUCUAACUUUAUUUUCAAGCUUCAAAAAUUUGCUGGAGGCUCCAGAACUGCUAAAAAUGGUUUGAAACCGUUUCCAGUCGAUUUGGCAAGUCGAAAAUUGGAUUAUGCGGAGUGAAAUUUUGAUUUCCAACUAUAUUUAUUUUAAUUCUAUGGAAUUUCAAGCAUUGAAAAAUCUGCUGCAGGCUCCAGCGAUUUCCAAAAAGUCGCUGGAGGCUCCAAAAUGACUUGAAAUUUGCCUGCAGUGAACUUUAUAGCGUAUUUCGUUUAGUUCACAGAAUGAAUUUUGGCUUUCCAACUGCAUUCGAUAAAAUUUUGUGGAAAUUUCAAGUUUCAAAAAUCUACUGGAGGCUCCAAGAAUUUUCAAAAAGUCGCUAGAUGCUCCAAAAUGACUUGAAAUCUGCCUGCAGUGAACUUCAUAGCGUAUUUUAUUUAGUUCACAGAAUGAAUUUUGGCUUUCCAACUUCGUUUGAUGAUAUUUGUGGAAAUUUCAAGUUUCAAAAAUCUACUGGAGGCUCCGAGAAUUUUCAAAAAGUCGCUAGAGGCUUCAAAAUGAUCAAAUUCAACAGCAGUUGACUUAAUAACAGCAUGUUCAAGUUGAAGUGCAGCGUAAAUUUCGGAUUUCCAAGUUUAUUUGAUAAAAUUUUAGAAAAUUUCAAAUUUCAAAAAAUCUGCUGGAGGCUCCAGAACUGCUAAAAACGAUCUGAACCAGUUUCCAAUCGAUUUAGCAGGUCGAUUAACAGUAUAGCUUCCAAAUUUCAGCUUUUCAAGUCCAUUUGGUAAAAUUUUGAUUUUUUUCUCAUUUUUGGAGUAAAUUUGAUUUUGAAAAAUCGGAAAAUACACUUUAGCUCUUGAAAUUUUGGCUACUGAUAAAUUUUUGCAUGCUUUUUCGAUCUAGUUUUAUCUAUUCAAAAACAAAUUUCAAGUUUCAAAAAUCUACUGGAGACUCCAGAAAUUUUCAAAAAGUUGCUGGAGGCUCCAGAAUGUCACGAACUACCAGAAGUCGACUUAAUAACGUGUUUAAAUUUGAGUGCUGCGUGAAUUUCGAAUUUCCAACUUCAUGUUCAAGUUUCAAAAAUGUGCUGCAGACUCCAGCGAUUUCCGAAAAGUCGCUGGAGGCUCCAAAAUGACUUGAAAUCUACCUGCAGUGAACUUCAUAGCGUAUUUUAUUUAGUUCGCAGAUUGAAUUUUGGCUUUUCAACUGCAUUUCAAGUUUCAAAAAUCUACUGGAGGCUCCAGUAAUUUUCAAAAAGUCGCUGGAUGCUCCAAAAUGACUUGAAAUCUACCUGCAGUGAACUUCAUAGCGUAUUUUAUUUAGUUCGCAGAAUAAAUUUUGGCUUUCCAACUGCAUUCGAUAAAAUUUUGUGGAAAUUUCAAGUUUCAAAAUCUACUGGAGGCUCCAAGAAUUUUUAAAACCGCUGGAGGCUCCAUAAUGACUCAAAUUCAACAGCAGUCGACUUAACAGCGUGUUUAAGUUGAAGUGCAGCCUAAAUUUCGGAUUUCCAACUUCUUUUGAUAAAAUUUCAGAAAAUUUCAAAUUUCAAAAAUCUGCUGGAGGCUCCAGAACUGCUAAAAACGGUCUGAACCAGUUUCCAAUCGAUUUAGCAGGUCGAUAAUAGGGUAGCUUCCAAAUUUCAGCUUUCCAAGUCCAUUUGGUAAAAUUUUGAUUUUUUUCUCAUUUUUGGCGUAAAUUUGAUUUUGAAAAAUUCACCAAAAAUCGAAAAAUACACUUUAGCUCUUGAAAUUUUGGCUAGUGAUGAAUUUUUGCAUGAUCUUUCGAUCUAACUUUGUCCAUUCAAAAAAAUCUCAUGCGAGUCCUCUGCUAGAAGGCAAAAUUAGCGAUUUCGGCUGACCUAUCAAUCAAAAAGGCCGCCAUUUUGUAAGUAAAGCCAACUUUUUUCGGCAAGUGUGCUUUAAACGGUUCCUUACUUUGAUUAUUAAUGAAACUUCGUGUGUACUUUUCAUAUUUACUUAAAUUAUCAUGUAAGUAUGACGAUUAUGUUGAAUUGUAUUGUUUCUUCUCUUUUAUUUGUUGACUUUUUUUCUUCGGCGCUGUUUUUAAUUUUUAAUUUGUUCAUGUUUUAUUUUUUAUUUUAUUAAAAUUGUCGUUUUAUCGAAAAGAUUCUCGCGUUAAAUCGAGCAUUUUCUAUUUCAAAGCAUCCUUGUGAUUUCCUGAGGUUAGUUCAAUUUUUACCUUUUUUUUUCCCCAUGAGAAAAAUGGAGGAGUGAUUUGAUACUUCUCAAGUUCAAGCCAAAGAUGUCAAAAAAAAAAUAUCGUUGAAAUUGCCAAUUUCACCGAUACUUAUGAUUUUUCUCAAUCAUCCUCCCUCGUUUUCUUUUUUGAAAAUGAAAAAUUGAUGUCUCAAUAUCUGUCUACCAGUGUACAUGUACCUCUACCUAAUUUGCUUAUAUUUUUCAAUUUCUUUUUUUACGUAUAAUAUUGUUAUGUAUCGAUGCGUUCCUCUUAUAUGUAAGUAUUUCAUGUAAACGAUUUUUUUCUCUUUUUCAAUUUUAAAAUUAUUAAAGAUAUCGAGUUGUAAUAAUAUUUUCUAACGACGAACAAACUAGUCACGAGUAGGUAUUAUAGAAAAAAUUUUUUCUUCUUUAUAAUGGUGUAAAUCAUAAAUGGUCGUAGGCUAUAUAACGGGGGAAGUUAUUGUACUAGAUACCGAAAUAAAAACAUUAAACAUA